CGCUGCCUGGGCGUGCUGCAUCCUGGCGGGCAAGAUGUCGGCUUCGCGAGUGCCGGAGCUGAAGCAUAUCAGCCGCGGGGAGGCUAUGCGUCUCGGCCCCGGCUGGAGCCACUCUUGCCACGCCAUGCUGUACGCAGCCAAUCCUGGACAGUUGUUCGGGCGGAUCCCUAUGCGCUUUUCGGUUCUGAUGCAGAUGCGCUUUGAUGGGCUCCUUGGCUUCCCUGGGGGGUUUGUGGAUCGUCGGUACUGGUCCUUGGAAGACGGGCUAAAUCGGGUGCUGGGCUUAGGCUUGGGCUACCUGCGCCUGACGGAAGCCGACUACCUGAGCUCGCACCUGACGGAGGGGCCCCACCGCGUCGUGGCCCACCUCUACGCCCGGCAGCUCACCCUGGAGGAGCUGCACGCGGUUGAGAUCAGUGCAGUGCACUCCCGGGAUCACGGGCUGGAGGUGCUGGGCCUGGUCCGGGUUCCCCUGUACACCCAGAAGGAUCGUGUUGGUGGGUUCCCCAACUUCCUUAGCAAUGCCUUCAUCAGCACUGCCAAGCACCAGCUGCUCUUUGCCCUGAAGGUGCUGAACAUGAUGCCUGAGGAUAAGCUGGCUGAGGCCUUGGCUGCUGCUACUGAAAAACAGAAAAAAGCCUUGGAGCAACAGCAGACAGCUUCAUCAUGAAGCCAUACAGUCUCCAUCCCUUAGGCUGAGUUUUCUCUCCCUAUUUCUUCUUCUUGCCCUUUGUUUUCCCCCCAAAUUUUCUAUGCCCCAGGGGGCUGAGAAAAGACUUGAGACAAUUCAUUACUCCUUAGAGGUAUGGGUUUUUUCCCAUUUCCCCCCUUAUGACUGAAAAGGAGUGCAUUUCAUUCCUGUCUUCAACCUAUGCGUAGUCUUUCUUUUCUUUGGCCUCCUUGCAAAGCAGCAGCAGCAGCCCAGGCUGGCACUUAAGGUUUGUUGUGUAAAGGGGUAGAUAAAAGUCACAGGGUAAGGAGCAGCACCUAUUGGAGGUUUUGAGUGACCCACUUAUUAGCACUAGCUUCAAUGUUUGGCCUUUGGGGUCAAGAGCAAGACCUUUGCAUUUUUCUGCAUGAAUCUUUUGUUUAAGGGGCAGUUGUCAGUUUGGUUCAGGCCCCAGGUAUGAGGGUGUUCUGGUUUAAAAAGGUUCCUUAGUUCUCAAGGAUGCUUUUGGUUACAUUGACAUAUUCCUGCUGUGUUCCAUUUCCUCAGCCCAAAGAGACAAGAGAAGGAAUCAAGGUUUUGGUGGGAUAUGGCUGGGGGUUUUUGGGUUCUCUCUCCUUAUUUUGGAAUUGUUAGGUUUUAUACGUGUGUGGAAUAUGAGAUUUUAAAGUAACUUUUACCUUGCUUUUGCCUAUUUUGAAAGAGCUUGGGCAAUUUAGCCUGAGUAAGGUUGAAAAAGGGAUGGUUCCUUCCCCAAAAACCUGGGAAUUUGGGGAAAGGGACUAGAGCUUGGCUGUGUGUGUCUGUGUGGUGUGUGUGUGUGUGCGUGUGCACGCGCCUGUGUUGGUUCGUUCUUGAGCUUGAGUGCUCACUGGAGCACCAAUCUAAGAAGGAAAGAAAAAUAAAGUAGCUUGACAGCU